AUGGUUUCCGCUGGUUUGCUCAGCCUUCUCAUGGCCACGGUCGUCAGCGCCGCUCCUCACCUCACAAUGCGCAACGUGAACGCCACGAACACGAAGUGGACCCCGGAUCGCAAGCUCGGCGCCGACGAUGUGAUCAUCUACAACAAUGGCCAGAUGGAGGUCGUUCAUGAGAAACAAUACCUCGCCCUGCUCGAGAAGGAGGGCAUCAACCCCGAGACCCCCAAGUUCGACCAGGACUGGAUCGACAGCGCCGCCCACCUCGCUCCGGUCGUCUUCAACGAGACCUCGGACUCCAACCUCCACACCCGCGACUGCUCCAGCACCUUCUCCCUCACCACCGACAAGACGGAGCGCUUCGUCAACUGGGAUGUGCAGAUGGCGCCCGUCGUCAUCGGUUUCGGCAAGGGCAUCGACGUCUCCGUCGCCUCGUCCUACUCUGUCUCGAACUCGGUUACUGGCAGCGCCGGAGUCGACAUCAAGGCCAUCUCUGAGCGUCUUGGCCUGACCUUUGGCGUGGACUACUCCCGCACCUGGACCACCCAGGCCACGGUCACCGUUCGCGGCACCAUUGAGAACGGGUGGACUGGCACGGUCAUCACCCGUCCCUGGACCACGCGUCGUUCUGGACGUACCUUCCAGGGAUGCCCUGGGUCUCUGAAGCAGACUGGCACUUGGAUCGCGGAUGCGUACGAGGAGGGCUCCUAUGAAGGUGUCAAGUGGGUUGGCGGUGCCAUCACCGUCUGUGCCAAGCAGCAGAAGGAGAUUCCUCUUUCCCGCUGCAACGGCUCUGGAAACUUCAAAUAA